AUGAACGCCACUUUCUCCCAAAAGAUGGUGUGGGUGGAUCUUGAGAUGACAGGCUUGGACAUUGAAAAUGACAAGAUAAUUGAAAUGGCAUGCAUAAUAACAGACUCCAACUUGAACAUACUGGCAGAGGGGCCCAACCUGAUCAUAAACCAGCCAGAUGAACUAUUGGAAUCCAUGUCAGAGUGGUGUAAAGAACAUCAUGGCAAGUCUGGACUGACCCAAGCGGUACGACAGAGUAAUGUCACCCUGGAACAAGCAGAGAAUGAAUUUCUAUCCUUUGUUGUACAACACACUCCACCGGGUCAGUGCCCUCUUGCUGGAAAUUCUGUGCAUGCUGAUAAAAGGUUUCUAGACAAGUAUAUGCCAAAGUUUAUGAAUCACCUUCACUACAGAAUAAUUGAUGUCAGUACCAUUAAAGAGAUUUGCAGGAGAUGGUUUCCGGUGGAAUAUGAGAUGGUACCACAUAAGAAAGCAAUGCACAGAGCCUUGGAGGACAUCAGGGAGAGCAUCAACGAGUUGAAGUACUACAGAGCCAGUAUCUUCAAAGCCACUUCUGAUGACUCACAAUAG